AUGGUGAUUGCAGGUGCGCCUGAGCCGUCGCCAGAACGUGCUGCCGCCUGGUCGGCUGCUAUCGCCAAGCCCCAGACGGAACCCGAAAAGGCGACCACGGCGAUGAAGCCCCCUCUGCCGCCGGCUCCGAAGCCCGGGACAACAAUAUCUGAAAUGCCUCCUCCCCUCGUACCCGGGGUUCCUGCUGCCGUGACUGCGCCUGGCCAAUCUGCGCCUGUUGCUGCUCUAUCGGCUCCGGCUGCUGCUACUAUUCCCCUAGCUCCCCCUGUUGGGGCCCCGACGUCUAUCCCUGCUACGGCUGUUGCCGAUCCGCCUGUUCCCAUCCCCGUCGCGCCCAUUGCGCCGCCCGCUGCUGUCCCCGUCAAGCCGGCUCUGGCCGCUGAUUCGUCACCGCAGGCGGCGUCCGCCACCACUGGCGGCCUGACCCUAUUUGGCGCGCCGUUGGUGGCGGAAAUGUCUCCGCCUGCGGUUCUGCCGACGGCCCCGAUGGGACCGCAGGAUGGCGGAUCUGCAGCGGGUUGUGUCCAAUGCGAUGCGCGAGGAGAGGGCGGCGCAGAGCCAGAGCCGUUCGCUGCAGGCCGCGCCGGUGUACGAUCUCGCCUUCGUCUGCCGCCUGUUCCGCCAGUGGCGGGUGUAGAAUUUGUGGCUGCGGGAGGAGGAGCGGCGAGGGCGGCGUACCCCCCUCUCGUUGCUGGUGGUCCUGCAUCUCUUGCUGCCGAUGAGCCGCUUCCAUUCUUGGCGGAGGCACUUCAGCCCCCGCAGACCCGUGUUCCCGAGGCGAUGCUUGCUCAACUGUCCCGCCUUGCAGAGAGCCUUCACGCGUUGCUGCUGAUUCAGGUGCUGGCUCACUCGUCCCUCCCUGCGAUUCCCGCUGAAACGUUCCAUGAUCGUCCGCGUGAGGUGUGUUUAGACACUGCUGACCAGCUCGCGCUGUUGCUGGCGCCCGUGUUGGCUAUGCCCACAGAGGGUGGCGCUGCGGCUGUGGGAUAG